AUGGCGGAAGAGGCGGCGAAACAGGCUUAUGCCGAGAAAGAGCACAUUAUUACACUGUUUUUCAAACAGGCUUCACAACUCUUCACCUAUAAGCAAUGGUUUCAGUUGCUGCUUCUAGAAAAUCUUCACAUUCAGCUCAAGAAUAACAAGGAUCAGCAAAUCUCCGGUCUCUUCCAGGCUCCGGCAUCCUUUGAAUGUGGCGCGAAACCUUGGAAGACAAGGCAUAAACCAAAAGAUGAUAUCACAACAUAUGCUGUGGCAUUUGCUUUAGGAUUGAGUCUUGUUGGUGCUGGCUUGAUCUUAGGAUGGAGCGUUGGACGGAUGUUACCGCGUUUGUAG